GGAGCCAAGCACGCUGGGGCUCCACCCACCCCCAGAGUCCGACGCCGAGCGGAUCCUCUGGCUGGAGGUUGGACGGACAGACUGACUGGAGGGUCGGGAGGCGAGCAAGAUGGCGCAGACUCAGGGCACCCGGAGGAAAGUCUGUUACUACUACGAUGGGGAUGUUGGAAAUUACUAUUAUGGACAAGGGCACCCAAUGAAGCCUCACCGAAUCCGCAUGACUCACAAUUUGCUACUUAAUUAUGGUCUCUACAGAAAAAUGGAAAUCUAUCGCCCUCACAAAGCCAAUGCUGAGGAAAUGACCAAGUACCAUAGUGAUGACUACAUUAAAUUCUUGCGUUCCAUCCGCCCAGAUAACAUGUCGGAGUAUAGCAAGCAGAUGCAGAGAUUCAACGUCGGUGAGGAUUGUCCAGUAUUUGAUGGCCUGUUUGAGUUCUGCCAGUUGUCUACUGGUGGCUCUGUGGCAAGUGCUGUGAAACUUAACAAACAGCAGACGGACAUCGCUGUGAAUUGGGCUGGGGGCCUGCACCAUGCAAAGAAGUCUGAGGCAUCUGGCUUCUGUUACGUCAAUGAUAUCGUCUUGGCCAUCCUCGAACUGCUAAAGUAUCACCAGAGAGUGCUGUAUAUUGACAUUGAUAUUCACCAUGGCGAUGGCGUGGAGGAAGCCUUCUAUACCACAGACCGGGUCAUGACCGUGUCCUUUCAUAAAUACGGAGAGUACUUCCCAGGAACUGGGGACCUACGGGAUAUUGGUGCUGGCAAAGGAAAGUAUUAUGCUGUUAAUUACCCUCUCCGAGAUGGGAUUGAUGAUGAGUCCUAUGAAGCCAUUUUUAAGCCGGUCAUGUCCAAAGUAAUGGAGAUGUUCCAACCUAGUGCGGUCGUCUUACAGUGUGGCUCUGACUCCUUGUCCGGAGAUCGGUUAGGUUGCUUCAAUCUGACUAUCAAAGGGCACGCCAAGUGUGUGGAAUUUGUCAAGAGCUUCAACCUACCUAUGCUGAUGCUGGGGGGAGGCGGCUACACUAUCCGUAAUGUUGCUCGGUGCUGGACUUACGAAACUGCUGUGGCCCUGGAUACAGAGAUCCCCAAUGAACUUCCAUACAAUGACUACUUUGAAUACUUUGGCCCGGAUUUCAAACUUCACAUCAGUCCUUCCAAUAUGACUAACCAGAACACGAAUGAGUACCUGGAAAAGAUCAAACAACGACUGUUUGAGAACCUGAGAAUGCUGCCCCAUGCACCUGGGGUCCAGAUGCAGGCCAUUCCUGAGGAUGCCAUCCCCGAGGAGAGCGGGGAUGAGGAUGAAGAGGAUCCCGACAAGCGCAUCUCUAUCUGUUCCUCUGACAAACGUAUUGCCUGCGAGGAAGAGUUCUCUGACUCUGAUGAGGAGGGAGAGGGGGGCCGCAAGAAUGCUUCCAACUUCAAGAAAGCCAAGAGAGUCAAAACAGAAGAUGAAAGAGAGAAAGAGCCAGAAGAAAAGAAAGAAGUCGUGGAAGAGGAGAAAACCGAGGAGAAGCAAGAAGCCAAAGGGGUGAAGGAGGAGGUCAAGUUGGCCUGAGCUGACCUUCAGUGCUGGCAUGUUGCCAAACUCCCCACCUUUCUCCCACAACCCCUCAAAAGUUUUAUAUUUUCUAUUUCUGUGUAUUUAUAUAAAACUAUAUUAAAUAUAAACAACCCCCCAGGGACUAGACAGGAAACAGGGCUUGAGCUGAGCCCAGGGUGUACACGCUGGGUGAGCUCAUCUAGUAGCUGCCUUGCCACACCUCCCCCACUUGUGAAUUUUGAUCUAGCCACGGUUGUUGGAUCUGGGUGGAAGGGAUAUUCUUAAGCAGCCAUAGAACCAAAUUCUGAAAUGCCAAGUGCCUGCCUAGUAGCUUUGGGGGAGUGAGUGCCCUUAUGAGCAUUCUAGAAGGGAUGUUUGGAUCUUCAGGGAAUCCCUUAUCCUAUGCAGGCUGGCUCCUUAAGGCAAUAAACCGUGUUUAGGUUAGUUCUAUUCUCUUAGCUUUCUCCGCUAAGGAACUCCCUCUGUCCUCCCCCAUUUCUACAGGUGGAGAUUGGUAGGUUGUUUUCCUCUUUUGAGAUACUAUUUUCAUUUUUUUGAGAAUCUUUGUAAUAAAAAUGGUACAUUUUUAGACCUUC